GAGCUUUUGGAUUAGCCAGAGUCCUGUGUGUUACCGAUUUUGUUCCUGAGAAUAGUUAGCGUACAAACAAGUUCGUAAAACCUAAGGGACAGAUGUGGUUACACUAUAAAACCAAAGAUAUUGUUCACAGUUUUGCUAGUGCUGGAGGAAGCUAGCAGGAUUUAGCUGCUCAGGAUUUAGGUUUCGAUGCUCAGGACCCCUCAAACAUGAAGAAAUGCCUUGAAUACACCUUGCUCCUCAUCGUCUCCGUGCUUCAAGGCUCGCAGCAGCAGAGGAUCAUUGGAGGACAGGAGGUUCAGCCAUACUCCAUAAAGUACCAGGCCUCUGUCCAGUACAACAACUACCAUUACUGCGGAGGAACACUCAUACACCCGCAGUGGGUGGUCAGUGCUGCCCACUGCUGGAGACCGAGCUAUUUAAUCAAAGUGGUGUUAAGUGAACAUGACCUCUCCAAAAUCGAGGGCUUUGAGCGGGUGUUCAAUGUGUCCAAGGCCCUGGUGCAUUACAUGUACAAUUACAGGACGUUUGAUAGUGACAUCAUGCUUCUGAAAUUGGAGAAGCCAGCAGAGCUCAGUGCCACCAUCCAGCCAGCCGUGCUGCCGGUCUCCGCCCCGGCUCUACAAGGCGGCACAGUCUGUAUCGUGAGCGGCUGGGGCGUCACUCAGGUCUACAGUUAUUACCUGUCGCCCGUCCUGCGAGCUGUGGACGUCCAGAUCAUCCCGCAGUGCCAGUACUAUUACUACUACAGAAUCACAGACAACAUGGUGUGCGCCGGCUCCCCGCUGGGCGGCAAAGACUCCUGCCAGGGCGAUUCUGGCGGGCCGCUCAUCUGUAAUGGUUAUUUUGAGGGCAUCGUGUCCUGGGGCAUCAGCUGUGCCAAUGCUUAUUUUCCUGGAGUCUACACCAAAGUCCGCAACUACAUUCCCUGGAUGACCUGGAUAAUCGAAAACGACACCAGCUAGAAUGUUCAGUUUCCAACGGUUGUUGAAUCGCUGUUAAAAAUGACACCAGACGGUUGAAAAGAUACUCAAUAUGAUGGUCAAAGUCUGUUAGACAAAAUCUGAGGAUUAAAUAUACACAGUUAAAGUCAGAAUUAUUCACCCUACUGUGAAUUUCUUUACUAUGUCAAAUAUUUACCAAAUUAUGCUUAACAGGGUAAGGAAUUUUUCACAUUAUUUCUUAUAAUAUUUUUUCUUCUGGAGAAAGUCUAAAGGAAUAUAAAUUUAUGUAAUCUAUAUAUAACUGAAAGGUUGUUUUUAGGGUGUGACAGAACUUAAAAUGUCUUGGUUUCCUGAGCUCUGACUAUCCUCAAAGUAAUGCAAAUAGUCAGUUUCACAGCACAGCUGUGUUUAUUGUGUUCUCAAGCCAGUCAACUGGCCAGACGGGUUCUGUCUCCAGAACCCCAUUUGCACACUGUUUCAUGCUAAAAUGUAUCGUGAAUGGGUACUUAUGUGCUGAUGAGAUCAGGCCUGGAAAGGCAGUUUACCCUGCCGACAACAACACUUUAUUUGCAUGCUUUGUUUUAGACUGUCCCCACCUACAUGUGUCAAUGUCUGUAAAACUGUAUUUAAACUGAGUGUCUGCUGUACCAGUUGAGAGUUUCUUUCGAUGACGCCACGUCUUCUUAUUAAAGGAUUCUGCUUUGAAGAUA